AUGGAAAAAGGGGUGCGCAAAAAUUCAGGGUUGUUAUGGAGGCCUUCAAACGGAAUGGGGAGGACAUCGGGCGUUGCCCCUGAAGGAUCGGACGCUGUUGCUGUGGAACCAACAAGGGGCUAAUUUUUAUUUCAGUUCAUCGUCUCCUCAUAAUAGGGGUGAAAGUGGCAAGUAGGCUGCGGCCUCCUCUCCCCGCCCCUUUCUUCAUCUCUUCUGCUUCGGAACGAAACGAGUGUCAACAGCGUUUGGUUUGAUCUGUUUAUUUGAACAUUUCUGACAACAUGGCAGAUGAGCUUAAAAGGUUCCUUUACAAAAAGUUACCAAGUGUUGAAGGACUUCAUGCUAUUGUAGUGUCGGAUAGAGAUGGUGUGCCUGUUAUCAAAGUUGCCAACGAUAAUGCUCCAGAGCAUGCUCUUCGACCGGGUUUCUUGUCAACGUUUGCACUCGCAACCGACCAGGGCAGCAAACUCGGGCUUUCCAAAAACAAGAGUAUCAUCUGUUACUACAACACAUAUCAGGUGGUUCAGUUCAACAGGUUGCCCUUGGUAGUGAGUUUUAUUGCUAGCAGCAAUGCCAAUACAGGAUUGAUCGUCAGCUUGGAAAAAGAGCUUGCUCCCUUGUUUGAAGAGCUGUGGCAAGUUGUGGAAGUCUCUUAACCUGAGAGCUUAUCUCCAUAGGGAAGCAUCUCUUCAGUACCAAACAGGAGGGAACGAUUUGCCACCGUAUUACAAAUAUCUUGGGAAAAUGCUACUUUUUCUUUUUCUAAAUUAAAAAGGAAAACUGCACAUAGUGCAAAAUUUAGAGUAAGACUGGAAGGAGGGUGGCUCUGGCUGCAGGCACAUUUGUUAAAACUACAGGGUGCUGUGGAGACCAGCUAAUGACUCCCAUGGAGUUAAGGCUGGGCAUGCAAAUCGAAUUUCGUAGCAGGAAAAAUGCUGUUUGUUUCCAUUUUGCCAGUCACAGCUCCCUCGUUGUACUGGCAGUGGGGUGACUCUGUCUUUGAACUGCCACUACAUGAACAGUGCAAAAAUACACUUUCCUUUCCAGUCUUGCAAUGAAUCCUUCCUUAUAUUUGCUUAUAUUUGAGAACAUUGUGAGGGGAAGAUUUUCUAGUAUUGAUGCACAAUCACUGACUCAUGUUUUGUUUGGAUAGACAAAUGGUAAUAGCCUGAAAGUUAGCUGCCUUUUAAAAACAGGUACAUGCUAUCUCUUUUCAGUGCUGCUAUAGCUCUUACACAGAGAUGAAAUCAAUCAGUGUUUUCUUUGCAUACUUAUUUGUAAAAUAGAAGCAUAAACUCUCUUGCUUUGUCCCAGUUCUGUUUGAUCUCUUGAGUUCAUCCAUGUAAUUAUGUUGCUUUACUAGCUCAUUUUACCUUUUUGCAUAUCCCUAAACCAAUCUAAAUAAAAGAGAGUGAAUAAGA